CCUGCUCUUAUUCGGAAGACAGGACGGAAACACUGCAUUGAAUCCGUGCUGCUGUUUAUCGGGUUCAACCCCUCCGUCUCGGAAUGAGCCAGUGUUGAUGUCCGGCGCCGGGCCCGUUUAGCCGCCGUCACCCCGCCGUGCCUUCGUGAUCCUGGCGGGCCCGAACCACCCGCCAUGGCCUCGGCGUUCCCCCGCUGCACAUCUGUCAGACUCCCCAUGUCUGUCGCCGCCAUCCUUCUGCUGAUGUCGGUGACCGCUGUGCAGUCCUCCCAAGGGGACAAGGAGCCGGUGUACCGGGACUGCGUGAAGCUGUGUGUCCGGACGAACUGCACCGGAGCCCGGCUGCUGGGUUUCGAGUCCAGCCAGCCGCACUACAUGGCGCUGACAGGUUGGACGUGUCGGGACGACUGUAGAUACCAGUGCAUGUGGACCACUGUUGGACUUUACCAGGCUGAAGGAUACACAGUUCCACAGUUCCACGGAAAGUGGCCGUUUGUGCGCAUCUUGUGCUUCGAGGAACCUGCAUCUGCGCUGGCGUCUCUGCUGAAUGGCUUGGCCUGCCUGCUGAUGAUGCUGCGCUACCGGAGCACGGUGCCACGCCAGAGCCCCAUGUACCACACCAUCAACGCCUUCUCUCUGGUGUCACUGAAUGCUUGGUUCUGGUCUACAGUGUUUCACACCCGGGACACAUUUCUCACGGAGAAAAUGGACUAUUUCUGUGCAACAGCAGUGAUUCUUUACUCCAUCUACCUGUGCUGCGUCAGGACUUUGGGUUUAAGGCGGCCGGGUGUGUCCAGCAUGGUGGGCGCUCUGCUCAUCCUGGCCUUCACCUCCCACGUCUCCUACCUGACGUUCAUCAGAUUUGACUAUGGAUACAACAUGGCCGCCAACGUGUCCAUCGGCAUGGUGAACAUGCUGUGGUGGUUCUGUUGGUGCUGGCAGAACCGGCGGACUCUCCCCUACUGGUGGAAGUGUGGCCUGGUGGUUCUGCUGCUUCAUGGCCUGGCCCUGCUGGAGCUGCUGGACUUCCCGCCGCUGCUCUGGAUCCUAGACGCCCACGCUGUGUGGCACCUCAGCACCAUCCCAGUGCACUUCCUUUUCUACAGUUUCCUGAUAGAUGACAGCCUCUAUUUACUGAACACAGAGAAGUUGGGGGUUAAAGUUGAGUAGGAGGAGCGGCGCGCCUCUUCAUCGCUCACAGAAGCCGCUCCGCCUCCCAGAUGACGCCGCUCACCACACCUCUGACUCGCAUCAAAGUACACUUCGUUUACAUAUUCUUUAUUUAACAUCCAUAUAUGUUUUACUUUGCCUUGCACUGUCAUGUGUGCUACAGUCUUAUCACAACUGCACAUUUUGAGACACGUUCAAGGGGGGAAGUACUUGAAAAGAGAAAGAAAUGCCUGAAAUGAAUGAAUGAAAUAAAUCCCUUCACCUCUGAGA